AUGAACAAUCCGAAUCCUUAUUACCCGAAUCAGCCGGGUCAUUAUCGAGGUAAUCAACACAGCUACCAACAAUCGUAUCGUGGUCGUGGUCACGGACCUCGUGGCGGACACUUCCAGCAAGAUCAGCGAUUCAAUGGUCCUGGUGGUCCACGCGGACGUGGCAGAGGCGGCCAUUUCAACAACUUACAAUGGACACCCCCGGACGCGAAAGAAGUUGUUCCUCAAACUGAAAACCCUCAGGGUAACCAUACAAGCCAUCCACAAGCUUCCCCGGCUCACUCGCACACGGCGUCCCAUGAUGGCCGUGAGAAUGCUGCAAUGGAAGAGGAAAACCCUUACAGACCAUCCAAGGAACUACAAGUGGAGGACCAAGGGACCAACAGAGUCAACAAAACUGCUCAAAAAACACAGGGUAAUGAUCAACCACCUUCCGGACCGGCUGCUUCAAAAUUCAGCUUCGCCUUCAAGUCCAAAGCUCCUCCACAGGCUCCAGCUAAACCUGCCGCAGAUUUCAAUAAACCGAAGGGACCGUUCCAGCCUUCAGAGAACCGACCAUCCGUUCAGCCACCAUCAGGACCCAAAAACCAGAGCAAACAUUUCGAGCGUCGCGACGCUGAGAGACAAGCCAACAGACCUCCGCAAGAUCGGAAAUUCCUUCCUCCACAAGAUCGCCGUCAUCCCAACGAAGCUUCACGGCAGCCACAAAAUGAUCGCAGACCUGAUCGGUCGCGGUCUCCACCUCAUAAGAGAGCAAAGAAAGAGGUCAAACCCCCACGACCGACAUUGUCCCCGGAAUUUGCACAAUCUGAGUCGAUCUACUACCGGAAACCAGGCAAUGAGUCGGUAGUUGGUGCAGGCACUUACGGAAAAGUGUUCAAAGCCAUUCACAUCUACACAAAGGACAAGGUUGCUCUGAAGAAAAUCCGAAUGGAAGGUGAACGCGAUGGCUUCCCUAUAACUGCUGUGCGAGAGAUCAGGUUGCUGCAGCACCUGCGGCACAAACAUGUGGUUGCAUUACAAGAAGUCAUGGUCGAGAAGAAUGAGUGUUUUAUGGUUUUUGAGUACCUGUCGCAUGACUUGACGGGUCUCAUCAACCACCCGACCUUCAAACUCAAUCCCGCCCAUAGGAAGGACUUGGGCAAGCAGAUGUUUGAAGGGCUGGACUAUCUUCACCGAAGAGGCGUCCUUCACCGGGAUAUCAAGGCUGCUAACAUUCUCGUCUCCAACACAGGCCAGCUUAAAUAUGCCGAUUUCGGACUGGCGCGCUUCUACACCAAAUCUCGAGCACUCGACUAUACCAAUCGCGUCAUCACAAUUUGGUAUCGUCCUCCCGAGCUCUUGCUCGGCGAAACACAAUAUGGUCCCGAAGUGGACAUAUGGUCUGCCGCCUGCGUCUUUGUCGAGAUGUUUACGAAGAAAGCGAUCUUCCCCGGGGAAGGGGGCGAACUCAGCCAACUGGACAAGACUUACAACGUCCUUGGCACACCCACCCGAUCAGAGUGGCCUGGAAUCGUGGACCUGCCGUGGUUUGAACUCAUGCAACCCACCGAUCGGCGAAAACGAGUCUUUGAAGCAAUGUACAAAGAUAUCUUCACACCUGCAUGCCUCGAUGUUGUGCAGAAGAUGUUCAAAUAUGACCCCAAGAAGCGGCCCACGGCGGAAGAAGUCCUAAACCAUGAAUAUUUCACGACGGAGCAGCCGGCACCUGAACAACCCGUGGAACUCGCGCAGGUCGAGGGCGAUUGGCACGAAUUCGAAAGCAAGGCGCACAGACGAGAGAAUGAUAAGCGCGAGAAAGAGAAACGGAGGGAAGAAUACCAACGUGAGAGGGAGAAGAGAAAGGCAAGAGAGUCGGGGCUGCCGGACUCGGAAAAUAAAAGGGCGAGACUUGACGAGCCGGCUGGGAAGGAGACCAUGCCUCCUCCUCCGCCUGCUUGCGGAGAUAAUUCCUCAACAACGGCUCUCAGAGGCAAUGAACCCUCGAAUGAUCGGUCUCGGGAUGAAGACAACGACGAGGGAGACUCAGAGGGCGAGGGUGGUGCGCCCAUGAGCAUGUCGCCCGCCUAA